AAAACAAAUUAUUUAAACUCUGCGUUAAACAUUGGUUGUCCAAUGUACAGAAUAACGUCAGCUGACAGAAGGCUACUCGGCGUCAGGCUAAUCUUGUCUUUUUACUUAGGACCCAGUGUUUCUUCGAAUCUCAAGCGCUAAUUAGCCAAUAUGCGAUUCCGGUUUUGUGGAGACCUUGAUUGUCCUGACUGGGUCCUCGCUGAAAUUAGCACUUUGGCUAAAAUAUCGAGUGUGAAGAUGAAGCUCCUUUGUGUGCAAGUAUUGAAGGAUCUGCUUGGGGAAGGCAUUGAUUAUUGUAAAGUGGCAAAGAUAACUGCAGACGCAAAGUUCGAGAGCGGCGAUAUAAAAGCCAGUGUGGCCGUACUGAGCUUUAUCUUGUCCAGCGCGGCUAAGCAUGACCUGGACAGCGAGUCCCUUUCCAGUGAGCUCCAGCAGUUGGGCCUGCCCAAAGAGCACACCACAGGACUGUGUAAGUCAUACGAGGACAAGCACACAGCCCUGCAGGAGAAACUGAGGGAAAGCAGUCUUCGCUUAGGCCGCCUGGAGAGCGUGUCUUGGCGGGUGGACUACACCCUGAGCUCAAGUGAGCUGAAGGAAGUGAACGAACCCACCGUACAGCUGAGACUCCAGGCACAAGGCGCGGAAUCGGGCUCCACAGAGACCACCGUCGUAUCCAUCACUGCGGACAAGUUCCGGGUCCUGCUGACCGAACUCAAGCAAGCGCAAGCCAUGAUGAAUGCACUACAAUGAGGUGGAACUUUAUCAUAUGUAUGUACAUAUUUAAUAAAGGGGUUUUUCAUAAA